GCGCUCGCAGUUUGUAAUACCCACACCAGUUCACCGCUGGCUGUAAGAAACCUGGAUAGGAUAUCUACAGACUAACCACAUUUACCAACGCGACCGAACCUAACCAAGCAAGAUGGAGUGGCAACCGAUGGAAAUCAACCCGGAGAUGCUGAAUAAGGUGCUCAGUUCUCUGGGUGUCUGUGCGAGCUGGCGCUUCGUGGAUGUGUUGGGGUUGGAAGAGGAGGGCGUGUCCUCAGUCCCUUCGCCCUGCUGUUCCAUCCUGCUGUUGUUCCCCCUGACGCCUCAGCAUGAGUCGUUCCGGAAACAGCAGACCGGGAAGGUGUCAGAUGAUCAGGACGUCUACUUCCUGAAGCAGACUGUGGUCAACUCCUGUGGCACAGUGGCUCUGCUUCAUGCAGUCGCGAACAACCCCACCCGCAUAGAGUAUGAUGGCGACUCCGCCUUGAAGAAGUUUCUAGAUGAGACGGCCAAAAUGACCCCCGCCCAGCGGGCCACCCACCUGGAGAACAACCAGGCCAUCAGGGAGGCCCAUGAUGAGGUGGCGUCACAGGGCCAGUGCAGGGUGGAGGCAGAUAAAGUGAACUUUCAUUUCAUCACCUUUGUCAAUGUGAAGGGACAGCUUUAUGAGCUGGAUGGCCGGCUGGAUGGUGCUGUGAAUCAUGGAACUACCACAGACGGCUCCUUCACACAGGAUGCAGCCAAGGUGUGCCGAGGCUUCGUGGAGAGGGAGGAGGGGGAAGUCCGCUUCUCCGCCGUUGCCCUCUGUCACACCUAGACCCUGGACGGGUGGACGGACACACUGACGCACACAUACUUUACCCACAACACAUGUAGAUACAAGCUUGCACAAGUCUGGUGUUUUGUGGUCUCACUACUGCUGUUUCCUGUAUACUGUUUACUGCCUCUGCGCUACACUGUCUUAAUGAAGCAGGAGGGGAUGAGGGCCAGGGUUUAUUGGAACAGUUUAAAUUGUCAAACUGCUGCUGGUCAGGGCUCAACAUGGGACCGUUAGGGGUCAAAGAUCGGGCUGUUUAGGGAUUCCUGUUCUUCAGCUUUGACUCUGACAUGGCUGUUAGGAUGUCUGGAAGACACUAACAGUGUUGUAGUAAUGUUGGGUGUGCCUUUCUGCCUCCUCCUGUCCUAGUGACUCUGCUGUCUGCCAAUAAACAACCAAACCACACUGA